AUGAGCACGACGCAACAAGAUGCUGCAGCAGCGAACGCCAACCCGAGUGGCACCAUCCGGACCAGCGUGUCGAUCUACUUCCCCAUUCUAGCAGCGGGUGUGCUCCUGUUUGAGUGUCUUCGCAGACGCUUCCGUCGCGCCUACGACAUCCGACGUCCCGACGAAGACAGACUCAGCGCAAACCGAUCUCGUGAUCGACUCUUCCGCUGGAUUCCCGCGGGCUUUCGAGCGUCGGACGAGGAGGUUCUGCAGAAGUGUGGACUGGAUACACUGAUGUUCCUGCGCUUCUUGAGACUUGGGCACAAGUUGGCACUACUGGCAAUUGGCUGCUCGGUAGUGCUCUUUCCAUUGUACGCCACGGCGGCAGGAAAAUCGUCAACCGCUCAGUCGGCAGUUGACCCACUGACACGGAUUUCUAUGAGUAAUUUGCCGGAAAAGAGCGACAGACUGUGGGCACCGACAGCCAUCGCGUUCGUCAUGGCGACGUAUGCGAUGCGAUUGCUCGUGAAGGAGUACAAACUGUACGUCCGGUAUCGACAUCAAGUGCUUAGCAAGAUGGAAGCGCCUCAGUAUUCGGUGCUUGUAACAGACCUGCCAUUGCAUCUGCGAACGCAAGAGACACUGAGGAAGUACAUGACCACCAUAUUCCCGUCGUCGAUCCGAAAUGUGUACGUGGCACUAGAAUGCGCUACGUUGGAGGCAUUGGUUGAGCAACGAGAACGAGUGCGGGGAGCACUGGAACACGCACUGGCAAAGUGUGAACACUCACACGAGCGACCACGACAUCGAGAAGGAAAGUCAUGGAUGGGAAUGCUCUUGUGUAAAGCCGGAAGUCGAGGUCAUGAGGUGGAUAGCAUUGACUAUUUUCAGGAUCAAUUGGCGACGUUGAAUGAAGCUGUUGCAAGAGAAAUUCAAAGUAUCAAUGACGCUCAGUCACGACUUGCUUCAAAAUUGGAAGAGCAGGAGCGUGAAGUUAGCAGUGUGGACGGUGGUGAUGAGCUGCAGGUGCCAGACAAUCGAGGAAGCUGGAGCAAGAUCCUGGCCAAAACAAAGCAGAGUGAAGACCCAAAGAAGGCCCCGCUGCUUGAUCGGCGAGGCCGUGUAGAGCAAAUGCGAAGCAGUUGUGAGGGCGACGAUGCUGACAACGCUGAUGACAAGAAAGCGCGCCGACAAGAACGGGAAAUGAGUCAAGAAGAGCGCGAACAGGCCCGCAAAGAGCAGCCGAUUCGGGCAAUGAGACGAGCAGCCUUUGUUUCGUUUACGUCUCUAAUGUCGACGCAGGUAGCCCAACAAACAUUGCAAGCCAAGAAUCCUGCGUGCAUGGCUGUUGCGCCAGCGCCAUACGCCGACGACAUUAACUGGGACAAUAUCGGGCUUAAUUACCGAACUCGCGCCAUCGGCAUGCUUGCUUCAACCUUAAUCUCGGCGGCGAUCGUGUUAUUCUGGACUAUUCCAACUGCUUUCGUGGCUUCUUUGGCCACUGUGGAGUCUCUUCGACGUGCGCUGCCAUUUCUAAACAAAGCUUUUGACGAUUACCCGCUUCUGCAAGACAUUUUCAAGCAAAUUGCUCCGCUUGCCCUUGUUGCGUUUAGUGCAUUGGCGCCGAUCGUGUUCAAUUUUCUUUCGGGACGAGAGGGGCACCCUUCGAAAACCGAGGUCCGGGCGGCACUAUUCUCAAAGUUGGCAUACUUCCAGCUUGUUCAGAUUUUUUUCGUCACUGUAAUUGUUGGUACCAUCUUGGACAGCCUCAAAGAGAUCUUGGACCAGCCAAAGAAGUUGGUGUCCAUGCUUGGACGCAGCAUGCCUCAACAGUCAACAUUCUUCAUCUCGUACGUGAUCGUGCAAACAGGUCUGGGGUUGGUCCUCGAGUUGUUGCGUGUGGUUCCGUUGAUUUUGUCCGCCCUCUUUGCGAUUUUGGCGCCAAAGCAUACGCGGCGUGAGCGCAGCUCGCCGUGGCUCGGCUUGCGUGACAUUGUGCAGACGGAUCCUUUUGACCCGACGAACCCUCUCGCCGACAGUUUUCUGGUCUUACUCGUCACGCUGACAUUCGCGCCGAUUGCGCCUUUAGUUUGCUAUUUCACCUGGUUUUUCUUCUUGGUGGCUGAAUUGGUCUACCGUCGGCAAGUGCUUUGCGUCUACAAGCCGACGUACUUUGCGCUUGGAGCCUACUGGCCGCGCAUGUUCAAGUUUUGCAUCAUCGCACUCGUAGUGGCUCAGCUGACGCUCAUUGGAAUUCUGUCGCUCAAGAAGGCAGCCGUGCCCCCAAUUCUCAUCAUCGUGCUCAUAGCCAUCGUGUUGCUGUUUCGCUAUCACGUGCUCACACUGUACCCACGAGCUGCCAAGCACUUGCCACUUACGGAAUGUGUUCGCUUGGAUCGCGCGCGUGGUCUUUACGAUUCCACAGCGCCAACCUUUUUCUUUCUGGACAACGUGUAUCGCCAGCCAGCAAUGAACCAGCGGGUGCCUAUUCGUGCGGACUAUCGCAUGUUGACGAACGAUUACGACGACGAAACGACAUCGAUGUUGCCUGAGAUGUAUCGUCGCGAAGACGAGCGCUUGUUCCCACAUGUGGUGUAA